AUGGCGAAUAAAAAGAAGAGAAAAGAAAAAAAAUGCAAUGAGAAAACCCAGUUCCAAUGCGAAGAUUCUCACGGCAGCUAUUGCAUAACUCGCGAUUGGGUCUGUGACCGAGUCCCCGACUGCGAAAACGGCUCCGACGAAGUGGAUUGCGGCUUUCCCGAUUCUCCAGCACCCCUGUUUCAGGACGAAGAGAAAAGCAACGAGAACCACGUUUGUCCGAAACAUUACAUAUGCAUAUCUGGCCAGUGCGUGAUUGAGGGUGGAUUGUACGACAUUCCGGACAGCCGGGACGCGACGCUGACGUGUUUGGAAAUGAAGCACCAUCAUGACCCGCGCAAUGGUUACGGCAAAAUGGAAAAGCUGGCAGACAGUACUACCCUUUCCCAAACAGAAUGCAGUAAAAUCCUCAACAUCCUGAUCGUCGCCUCAUCCGUCGUUUUCGGCUCCUUCUUCUUCAUCCUUUUUCUUAUCCUCUUCAAAAAGCUCUGCUCAAAACAAUCUUCGGAAAAGCCGAAUUUUUCGGAAGGCAAAAAAGUUCAUUCCUAA